AUUCCGUCAUAAACAGUCAUGGAGGAAGCAGAAUAGCCACUCAGUUUUGGCUUACUAAUAGUUAUUCUUGUCCAUAUUUGUAUAAAAAUGUGUUGUCUUACUAGUAUUCAAAUAUAAAAAACGAUUGAAUCGCGUACUCGAGAAAUAUCCGCUUCCUAAAUUUUUAUAAUUAAGUUGUCGUAUUAUCGGAACUUCCCCUCUUGAUUUCCCUGUUACUUCUCUUGCUGCUUUCAAAUUAAUCACGAUGAGCAAUUUGGACGGAAAGACUAUUCUGAUCACCGGUGCAUCCGCCGGUAUCGGUAAGGCUACUGCUAUCGAGAUUGCUAAGACGGGGAAAGCCAAGCUGAUUUUGGCUGCUCGUCGUGUUGCUGUUGUUGAGGAACUAAAAGCCGAAUUGGAAUCAAAAUAUGAAGGAGUCAAGGUUCUUCCUUUGAAACUCGACGUAUCAAAUGUUGAAGAGGUAGAAUCCACAAUUGGUACUCUUCCAAAGGAAUUUUCUCAUAUCGAUGUGCUUAUCAACAAUGCUGGUCUUGCUUUGGGUCUUAAUUAUUUCCGUAAUAUGGAUAUGCAAGAUGCUAUAAAAGUUGUAAACACGAAUAUCAUUGGUCUCAUUGCAGUGACAAAGGCCGUUAUUCGUAUUUUCUACGAAAACGGUGGUCAUGGAGACAUUGUUAAUGUUAGCAGUAUUGCUGGUCAUGAGCCUUAUCCCACCGGUUCAGUCUACUGCUGCACCAAGGCAGCCGUGAGCAUGUUCACCUCUACUUUGCGACAGGAAACCAUCGAUACUCGCAUUCGUGUUAUGGAGAUUGACCCGGGAAUGGUCGAUACAGAAUUCGCUACGGUUAUUACACACGGCGACAAAGUUGCUGCUGAUAAAUUCUAUGAGGGUUACGAAGCUCUAAAAGGAAAAGACAUUGGCGAGCUUAUUGUUUUCGGCAUCACUCGCAGGGAGAACUUUGUUCUCGCCCAAGCGACAGCUCUUCCUUCCAGUCAAUCUGGCUGUACGGCUAUCCAUCGGGAAUCAAAGUAAGUGAUGAUAAUACAAUAGAGAGUGAAUGUUGUUUACGAGGAAGAUGAAAGAAUUGGUGUAGCCGCAUGGGAAUUGCGGACAGGAAUCAAGAAGUUGUAUAUUGAUUCGGCCAAUUUGGCAGCAAAGAGCUUCAGCCUAAAAAACCCAUGUCGUCUAUGAGGGAUUACAAUGAAGAUUCUGGCGUCUGGGCUAUUAUAGCUGGCUUCAUAUACAUUUUUUCCUCGAAGUCUGUUUAUUUUCAAUCAAAUUGUUUCUCUCUGUUCCUUCGGCAAGGCCGAUUAGAGCGCAACAAUACCUGACCUUUCGAGAAUACAAAAGGUCGCACCUCGAACUUCCCUUUGCGACUACGCGAAAUCGAAUUGAAUGCCCCAAGCAAUCGAGUCAAGCCUUAGAAGUAAACUUUCACGGUUCGAGGCCGGAUAUAUUUAGAUUGAUUGAGGAUUCUGGUUUGCUGGCUUCAAACAAUGAAUAACUUCUUCCUUUAUCCUUUCAAUAAACUUCGGUUAAUACAACCUAAUUGUUAUGAUGUGCGCAAUAUGUUAUGAAAGUUAUUCUUGAAAGAAACAAGUAGUGUUCAACAGAUUAUAGCCAUUGAACUCUUGCACAUUUAUAAUAACUAUUUUAUUGAUAAUA